AAAAAAUUCAAAUCACUCUGUGAUCUUCGGAUAAAGGGUGGUAUAUAUAUAUUUUUUUUUUUUAAGUAUUAAAUGCACCUGCAGGGUGCCUGUCCGAGUAGCGCAGCUGCAGGGCAGGGAUCUAUAGGAGUGAAGUUAAAUAUGGAAUACCUUAUUUUUAUUAUUAUUAGGGGGGUUACUGCCCUGAAGAAGAUGCUAGUGGGAUUCUCUUCUUCUGAUGCCAUGCCAGUCUUGGGUGCACAAUACCCCUCUGGCCUAAUGAUGUUUUAGUCUGGAUUAUUUAUUACUUAUUUUAUUUAUUAAAUGUAUGCACUGCCAGUUAGACCAGAGGCCCGUCUAACUAGUGCAGCACCCUGCUCCCCAGAGGCACGUGCAUCCGGAGGCCCAGGAAGCUCGCUCGUCGUUGUCCAGGCACAGGUAUUUGGUACUCAGUGACAUGUCCCCUCCGUGAACCUGGAGAGUCCCGCUGGAGUCAGCCCUCCCUCCCACUGCAUCCCGCUCAGCCCUUGGAAAGCCGCCUCGGCUUCGCCCAGCGCCCCCGUCCGCGCUGCGCGUCGGCCGGGCUCCGCUUCGGUCCUCGGCCCCCGCCGCGGCGCUUGGCAAGGGGGGCUCCGCGCCGGCCUCUUGUUUGGGGCGGCUGCUCCGCCUUGCAAAACAGAAGCGAUGCCGCUAGAGGGCUCUGGCCAUUGUCAAAAAAAGGAGAGGCAGAGAAAGAGGCGACUGUUCUCAUUUUCUCUCUCGCUGCUGCUGCUGCUCCCGCUGACGAUUUUGGGGGCUGAACUUCCCAGGUCAGCGCCGGAGAGCCUUGUUGUUGCUGCUUCUCCUCCUCCUGCUGCUGCUUGCGUAGCAGCGGCAGCAGCAAGCCCAGACCCGGCGCCACCCCGACGGGGCUGCGGGAGCCUCCAGUUUUAAGAAAUCUCCUCGUUCUCCAGCCGCAUCCUCAAGGGAGAGAGAGACCUUUAUCGGCCUCGGUUGCUUUUCUCUCCCCCGCCCCCACUUCUUUCUUUUCUCUCUCCCCCCUCCCACCCUUUUUAAUAUUAUCAUUUAAAGGAGAGAUCGCGAACUCUGCAGCUUCUCAAGGACCCGAUCCUGAAGCCAGAGACUUCCAGAGGCCACAGCCUUCUGCAGAAGUGACUGAUGUAUUUUGCUGAGAUUCAGUGGGCCCUUCUGGACCCAUGCCAGAGACCUGUCUACAGGGACAUUGUGCAGGACAAUUAUGGGACUCUACUCUCACUAGAUGGAGGAACCAUGAACCCAAAUCCCCAGCCUGGAGGUGCAGAGGCUGCGCCGACACAGAAGCAGGUUCCAGGACGCCCUGAAGGCUCCCUUUACCCAGGCCAGAACCAGGCUGGGCAGCAAAGCGAGGAUCCGGGGAAAGGAUGGGCCAAGCCGCCUCUUCCUCCUCCAUUGCCAAAAGGCAACCCCAGUCUCCCGCCCCGGGUCUAUAUGGGGCCUGGCCCAAGCCUGUGUGUCCAGUGUGGGGAGAGCCUUGCCCAAACUCGGCACAGCGUCACCCAGCCCCAGAGAGCCCCCCAUCCUGCCGAUAAGUUCUACCCAUGCUCCGAUUGUGGGAAAAGCUUCGGCGUGAGUUCCCACCUCACCAUCCACCGGAGGAUCCACACGGGCGAGAAGCCUUACGAGUGCAACGAAUGCGGGAAGAGAUUCAGCCAGAGCUCCACCCUUGUUCUCCACCGCCGCAUCCACACCGGAGAGAAGCCUUACAAAUGCGUGGAUUGCGGGAAGUGCUUCUCCGUGAGCUCUCACCUGACCAAGCACCAGAGGGUCCACACGGGGGAAAAGCCGUACGAAUGCCAAGCGUGCGGGAAAAGGUUCAGCCAGAGCUCCACCCUCAUCCUUCACCAGCGGAUCCACACCGGGGAGAGGCCUUACAAAUGCGACGAGUGCGGGAAGACCUUCAGCGUCAGCUCCCACCUCACCAUCCACCAGAGAAUCCACACCGGGGAGAAGCCCUAUCACUGCACGGAAUGUGGGAAGAGUUUCCGGCAAAGGUCCGGCCUCAGCACACACCAGAAAACCCACAUGGGCCAGAAACCCUACAUGUGUACCGAGUGCGGGAAAGGGUUCAGCCAAAGCUCGCACCUGAUGCGCCACCUGGGCACGCAUUCAGGGGAGAAGCCAUACCGCUGCGCAGACUGCCCUAAGGCCUUCACGCAGCUGUCGAACCUGCGGCAGCACCGGCGCAUGCACACCGGGGAGCGCCCCUAUGCCUGCGACUGCUGCGGGAAGUGCUUCUCCUGGAGCUCCAAUCUGGCGCAGCACCGGCGCCUCCACACCGGCCAGAAGCCCUACGCUUGCACCCAGUGCGGCAAGCGUUUCUGCGAGAGCGCCCGGCUCCUGGAGCACCAGCGCACCCACACGGGCGAGCGCCCCUACGCCUGCCCACAGUGCCACAAACGCUUUAGCCGAAGCUCCCACCUCGCCCGCCACCAGCGACUCCAUGCAUCGGUCCCAUGCACAGAGGAGGAGCCUUUCUCUUGCAGCCAGGGCGCUGCGCUCCUCCGACGCCACCAUCUUGCCCACCACAACUAGAACAUAUGGUGCUGGAACACUGUGGCAGCAAUUAAAGGAUAUUCCUCGUUCGCCUUUAGCUCUGUAUUCCAGCAGUGGCCUGGAGAUGACCUCAAGCACAGCUUUCUGCUUAGCUGUGUGGGCUGCAAUGGGAGCUCAGAUCUUACUAGGCUUCGGAGAAUCUAGAACAGGAAUGGGAAACUUGUGGCCUUGCAAGUGUUGCUGGACUCCAUGGGUAUAGCCAGGGUUUAUGUUAUUGGGGGGCGGGACACCCACCUGUCAUCAUCUUCUGUCUUGCUCUGUUUAGCAGAUUCGAAAUGAAGUGUCUCAACAAUUGUGGAUUUAAAUGACUUUCUUUUGACCCCAAGUGCUCAGAAAAAUCCGUCAGAAUCUUUGGUCAUUUGAAAAAGAAAAGAAUAACAUCAGGGAGUACCUUUCAAGUAUAUUUUGCAAAAUUACAAAGAACAUGACUUUUUUCAUCUUGUUUUUUAAAAAAUCCAAACUAAAACAAGUUUCCUUGGAUUUGCUGAAAGCCAUAAUAAUAAUAAUAAUAAUAAUAAUAAUAAUAAGCUGCGCAUAUGACUGGGUUGCUGCAGUAAAAGCACUUUUCAGCACAUCUCAAAUUUUUCCUUUUUUCCAAAGCAGUUUUUCUGUGCACACUCUGUAAGCAUAGCCCAUUGAGUUGCUUCCCUGUCAUUGUUGGCCAUUACCUUUACUCUCUGCAAGGUACUGAAUGACCACUCUGUGGCACAAGUGGUGCACAGCUGAGCAAGAGAGGUGAGCAGAGCCCUUUUUUGUCACAGGGGAAAAGAUUUGCACCUCUUUUACUAGGUCUGCUAGUUCAGCUCUUUUAACCUGGAACCUUUUAACUGCUCUUUGCUGAGUUUUUCAGCUAUAAGCGGGAAGUUCGCAGGACCCACGCUUAAUCACUCGGUUGGGUUGCCAGUUGCAUUACUAGAAUACGCCACAACAUCAUCCAAGUGACCUCAGCGAGCAUUUCAACUUCAAAUAUUCUGAUGGUUUCUACUUUUAGUUAAGCAGCUGCCCUCCUGGCUAAGCCCAUGCUGGACUCCCAACUCCUUGCCAACCAUCGGCAGUGCCAG